CACAGAAUCGCGGCGUCCGGGUGGUCCAGCGUGUGUUUCUGAAACAAGACGACGACGACGUGCUUUUAAAAAUCUUGAUAAAAAAAAAAAUUUUUUUUGCCUCUUUCUAGAAUUCAGAAAAAAAAAUUUUGAAAAAAAUAAUUUCGUAUUAAUUAUUAAAAAAAUUUGGUUUUUUUUGGCAACAGUUGAUAUCAGCUGCAAUUGUGUUUGUGUUUAUUUACCUGUGUUUUAUUUCUCUCUGUGUGUGUGUGUCUGUGUGAAUGUGAUAUUCUCAUAGCGCAAAAUUGUCUCAAGAUGCCAAAGGUUUGAGUUGGUCAAUAGCUUUAAAAAAUUUUUUGGCUCUUGACACGUGAAGAGGAAAAAAAAAGAAGAAUAAAAUUAGAAGAAGAAGAAGAAAAAAGAAAGAAGAUUGAUUAAAAAAUGUGAAAAGGAGAGAAAAUAUUUCCUAAAUUAUAACAACGAGAAGAAAAAAAAUUUUUUUUUUUUUUCCCAACGAAAUUUAUCAGCCUAACAAGAAAGGAAGACAAAGAGAAAAAAAAAUUUGUUUCAACCAACAAGACUUAAAACAUGGAUGCAUUGGAGUUGCAAGCAGCCCUCGUGAAAUUGGAUCCAGCAACGACCGUGACCCCCAUUGGAUCAAGUGUAAAAUUAAUGGUACCCCAUCCUAGAAUUGCAUUUACACGUGAUAUUGAUGAAAGUGAUCUCUCAACAAUUUCACAAAAUCAAAUCACUACUAAUACAACCAAUAUCAUCGCCACUACUACCACCAGCAGCAGCAGCAACAACGUUAGCAGCAUUUGCAAUGAAAGAAAAUCAACUAUAGAUACAAUGAAUUUGCGAAAAUUAACAAAUCAAAAUCAUCAAAAUUCACAGAAUCCGCAAAUCACCAAGUGCAACGUGAUUGAGGUCAGGUGACGCCAAGCAUCGAUCGGAGUAAAUAUGCUGUACCACACAUACCCACCGCACAGGGGCGGCAAACAUCAUGGCAAGCAUCACACCAAAGAAAAACGUCACCAUCAUCAUCAUACAAUUCAUCAUCAACAUCAUAAAACG